AACUCCAGCACCAGUGGACAUACCAAGCCAAGCUCAACUCAAAACUCCAAAUUCAAAAGCCAACCAUACCCAAAAUAUAUUCAAAUACCCAAUAAAGAUGAAGUGCAUCAUCUCCAUCGUUGUGAUCUCCAUGAUCGUCGGUUUAAGCCUGAUCCAAGCAGCGCCCAUCGCUAAGGAUGCACAGGAUCCAGGAUUCGUUUCGGCCACGGAUAUUACCGGAGAACCAGUGCGCCAGAAGCGAGCCAGUGCGGAUUACUACCAGGGCGACUACUUCAUCUGCUAUCCCAAGAGCGCAGUGUACGGCAAACAUGGAUACGGUGCAACCAAUCGCAGAUCCUACGACUCGGAGGACUAUGCGCCCCACUAUCUGGCCGACGAUCCAUUGGCCGUUCGCCAGGCUCGUGCUGAUGCCAGACGCGCCGCCUACACCGACAGCUUUGGCAAAUAAGUCAGGAACUGCCACUUAGUCACAUACUCUAUGGAUGCCAAAAUAUCCCAUGCCCAAAGUUGGGAAACUGAACAGGUCUAGCUUGUAAAGAUGUACAAAUAUUAUUAAUAUUAUUUAUUCAACACAAAUACAAUAAUCAUUAUGAGAAAAGA